AUGUGUUUGGCCUGGUUGACAGAUUGUAACAGAGUCUCAUCAGCACCAGAUCAAAGAACAGCUAUAUCGUCUGCGUGCUCGAUAUCUGUGAGUAAAUACCCUGGGGGCAUUUCGAAUCCACAGGAACUAGAGGGAGUGGAUCAUGGAAGUGAUCCACGGAGUGAUCAUAUGGAAGGCGAAGUUGAAGAGGAAGGGUGGAAGGGGACAGCUUUGCUUGGUACCACUUGA